CAAAGCGAUCGCCGAUUACCUGGGCAGCAAUGGGUACACGGACGCGCUGGAAGCGUUCAAGAAGGAGGCCGACAUGACCGGCGAGAUGGACCGCAAGUUCGGCGGCCUCUUGGAGAAGAAGUGGACCUCCGUCAUCAGGCUUCAGAAGAAGGUGAUGGAACUGGAGUCUAAGCUGUCUGAAGCACAGAAGGAGUUCAUAGAAGGUGCGCCGACGCGGGCCAAGCGCACGCCGGCGGAAUGGAUUCCGCGCCCACCGGAGAAGUUCUGUCUAACUGGACAUCGCGCCACCAUUACUAAGGUAAUAUUUCACCCAGUAUUCAGUUUGAUGGUAUCCUCGAGCGAGGAUGCGACCAUCAAAGUAUGGGACUUCGAGAGCGGCGAGUACGAACGAACCCUGAAGGGUCACACUGACUCCGUUCAGGACAUCGCCUUCGACCAUCAUGGAAAACUACUUGUAUCGUGCAGCGCCGACAUGUCGAUCAAGUUGUGGGACUUCAACCAGACGUUCGAGUGUGUGAAGACAAUGCAUGGGCACGACCACAACGUGUCGUCGGUCGCGUUCUCUCCUAGCGGCGACAUCGUAUACUCCGCCAGCCGGGACAAGACCAUCAAGGCUUGGGAAGUGGCUACGGGCUACUGCAUCAAGACGUACAAGGGUCAUCGCGAGUGGGUGCGCAUGGUUCGCGUGUCUCCCGACGGCUCGCUGCUCGCGUCCUGCUCCAACGAUCAGACCGUGCGCAUAUGGAACGCCGAGACUAACGAAUGCAAGAUGGAGCUCCGCGAGCAUGAGCACGUGGUGGAGUGCGUGUCGUGGGCGCCGGAGGCCGCCGCGGCCGCCAUCAACGAGGCGGCGGGCGGGGACAACCGCCGCGCCAGCCACGCCGGACCCUUCCUCGCCAGCGGCUCCCGGGACAAGUCCGUCAAGGUACCUCGCAUAUAUUACAGAGCUGAACCCAGUCUUUACAGUAAUAUUUUGUUUGUUCGUUCGUUCAUUCUUACUUUAAACAAUCCAGUGAUCAGCCUGCAAUAUUCUAAGCAAACCUAGGUAUCACAAAGUGAU